GGGUUGUUUGUGGCAGAGGAAGAGGCAUUUGGAAAUUGUCGCCUAUUGCACCAGAAAUUACUGAUCCGAUGUGAGUUUUAAGCGAAGUAGUUAGCGUGCCGAUAACUCAAUGCCUCCUUGUCCUACUGCCACCAACUACAUGUUGAACCUCAGUGUCCUGGUUGAAGAUGUAUGGAUUUAUUAACAAAUGUUUGAAGUCUUUGAUCAUAGAAUCAUUUGGAGAAGAAAGUUGGGAGAAAUUAAGAAUAGCAGCUGGAGUGCCAGACAAUUUUAUGAAUUUUAAAGUUUACUCUGAUGACAAUACAAUGCGGAUGGUAGAGCAAGCCUGCAAAUUAUUAGGUAUGAAGCCAGAUGUGUUGCUGGACAAAUUUGGGGAACAUUUUUUUGUAUUUUGCAAAAGAUCUGGAUAUGAUCUUAUGCUCCGUACUCUGGGAAGUAAUCUCAUGGAGUUCAUCGAGAAUCUUGAUUUUUUACACCGUUACCUCUCAUUGUCAUAUCAGGAGAUGAAUGCACCAUCCUUCAGGGUGGAAAAAAAUGAAGACAAUUCCAUGCUAUUGCACUAUUACUCUGACAGGAGAGGACUAUAUCACAUUGUCCCUGGGAUAAUCAGAGCAGCAGCAAUGGACUUCUUUAACAGUGAAGUCACCAUGGAAAUUGUGGGACAUAUGGAAGAAGAAGAGCAAACGGGUAAAAAGGAGCAUGUUGUAUUUUUGGUUUCUCAGAAGCAAAUAUAUUCAAAGAAACUUGGCAAAUUGUCUACAAUCCCACAGCACUUGGCUGAGACUCACAACCAAAGUGAAAAACAGUUAAAUAAAAUGGAAAUAGAAAAAAUGAUGAAUAGAGGCACGAACAAAACUUGUAACUCUAGAAGCCCUGCCACGAUAAACCACUGGGAUACAAUUCGUUGGAUUGUCAAAACAGGAAAAGGAAGACUGUUAAGAGAUUUUGAACCAGUUUAUCCUGACAAACUAUGGAUAGAGACAGCAACAUUUUGUAAUUCUUUUCCUUAUCACAUUGUCUUCAACCAGGAGCUUAGAGUAAAACAAGCAGGAACCAAAAUACAGAAGAUUGUCCCAGGUCUUGCAACAAUGGACAUCCAACUUGAUGCAUAUUUCACCAUUGUUCACCCAGCAGUAACAUUCAACAUUUCAACUAUACGGAAAUUUAUUAAUAGCCCAUUCCUGUUAAGAACGAAACAGGCAAUGAUGCUAGAAUCAUGGAAGCAUUGUCCAAUGCUGGAACUAAGAGGUCAAAUGGUGUGGAUGGAACACUGUCAAUGCAUGUUGUAUCUGUGCUCUCCUCUUUUGCGCAAUUUACAGGAGCUCGAAGAAAGACAUAUGCACGUUGCGGAUAUUGCCGCUCAUGAUGUGACCAGGGAUCUUAUUCUUCUGAAUCAGCAGAGGCUUGCUGAGAUGGAAUUAUCCAAUCAGCUCGAAAGAAAGAAAGAAGAACUGCGGAUCCUCUCCAAGCACCUAGAGGAAGAGAAAAUGAAAACGGAAGCAUUGCUCUAUGCAAUGCUUCCAAAACAUGUGGCUAACCAACUCAAAGAAGGCAAAAAAGUCGAGGCAGGUGAAUUCAAAGAGUGCACCAUACUGUUCAGUGACGUUGUGGCAUUCACUAGUAUUUGUGCUCAAUGUGAACCAAUUCAAAUAGUGGUUAUGCUCAACACCAUGUACCUAAAGUUUGACAGGUUAACCACAGUUCAUGAUGUUUACAAGGUAGAGACAAUAGGAGAUGCGUACAUGGUAGUCGGAGGAGUUCCUGUUCCAGUUUCUUCUCACGCUGAAAGGGUAGCAAAUUUUAGCUUGGCGAUGAUCAUAGCAGCUAAAGGUGUAACAAAUCCUGUGACUGGAAAACCUAUCCAGAUAAGAGUUGGAGUAACAACAGGCCCAGUCUUGGCUGGAGUCGUUGGGGAAAAGAUGCCUCGAUAUUGCCUUUUUGGAGACACAGUCAACACAGCUUCCAGAAUGGAAAGUCAUGGAGUGCCAAACAAAAUUCACCUCAGUCCCAGUGCUUUCAAUGCACUCAAAGAUAAAAGCUUUGAAAUACAUGAAAGAGGUGAGAUUGAUGUUAAAGGGAAAGGGAAGAUGUGCACUUAUUUCCUCAUUAGAAAUUUGAUGGCAUCAGAAAAUGAAAUCCUGGGAAGGCCACAAAGGGAAUCAGAUUCCGGCCAAGACUCUGUCUUGUCUCUGUUUGAAGCAAACACAGAAGGUGCCAGUCAUAAAGUUGCUAAAUGCAGUGAAUCCCAGGAUCGGCAAUCCACAGUUUUAAUGAAAUACAACAGUACACACGAGGAUGCCUGUGAAAACUAUUAUCCAGCAACAAAACACUGCACAGGAAGGACACAUGACUCAGAAAGUUACGGGAGCUUCCACAGUGUCCAUAUCACUCAGCAGUCAUGUGAUGUGAAUCAGAUUCCAAAAGAUCUCAAUGAACAAGCAACAGGGAAACACAAUCAGAAGAAAGUGAAGUCAAACUUAUGUGUUUUACAAUAAAUGCUCCAAAUAAGAACAAAAUAUUACUACGACUUCUUAGUUUUCACAAAGCUAUGUGUUGUGCGAAAUUGUCAGUCUAAAUUUUCCAAAUGUCAAAUAAAAAAUGGAUCAUGAUAUACAAAUUCACAGCUACAGUUUUAACAUUUGUUUAAUAUUGUUAGUUAAAUUGUAAUUUUUAAUUAACAGCACAUUCUGACACUGUGUGAAUUUUAAACAUGUAAUACACAGUAUUUAUGUUUCAAGAAUCCAGAGACGGCCAUGUAUGUACAGCCAGAUGACGAUGCAAUUUUAAUAUUUUUAGAAACUUUAAACAAUUUUAACUGAAGACAUUAUGUAAAAUGAACAUUCAUAUUUAUGCAUCAUUAAAAUG